GUGGAAACGCUGGUCGAGUAUCGAUGUCCAGACUUGUGAUGCUUGUGAAGGGCAGUCUCAAGCAUACCUCCAGGACUUUCUUCCAAAAAUCUAUAUAAACGACGCGACGCGAGCUGGGAUAGGCAUCAUACUCCUCGGAGAACUCUCGCGCUCCGGCACCUCCGUCCCCAACUGCAACCCACCUCGCUCAGGAUGCAGUUCAAACUCUCCACCUCGCUUCGCUCCCUCAUCACCCUCGCCGCUAUCGUGCCCACCGCGCAUGCCGGCCCGCUGGCGUACGGCAUCUGUCAAACCGGAUGCAACAUCGUGGCCGUCGCCUGCUACGCCGGCGCAGGCUUCGUGUUCGGAACGGUCACCGCUGGGGUGGGCACCCCGGCUGCUGUCCUCGCCUGUAACGUUGCUUUAGGGCAGUGCUCUGCCGCUUGUGCUGUUGUCGCACUCACUCCGACUCCGUGA